ACAUUUUCACGUCGUGGGUAAGGGGGGAGUUGCGGUGGAGUCUAUCUAAAGGUACAUUAUUCACUAUAGUGAUACCUAUGUGCUCCCAUGUGCCACUAGUCUCCUCAUCGAUCCAUCGGUUUUCGACAGGAAGUCGUUAGGUAAAUAAGGAAUAUGGGAAAAUGUCCAAUGGUAGGAACUUAAAUGAUACACAAUUAUAAAAUACAAUGGUUUCAAGACAAGAAUCAGAUGGCAAAAUUGAAAAUAUUGCUGAUCACUCAGACGACCCGUCCUAUACAAGAAAAUUGGUCUUUAAAAACAUCCUGUUGCGAUAUCAUCAUCAGGUAAUGCAUGGUUGUGGAAAUGAGACGUGUCAAAAUAAACAUUGUGCUCAAAACCGCAGAGUUUCUGUUAGCAAUGAUGAAGCUGCUGCUAUUGCCUUGAAGUUGUUUAAGCAACAUGCUGAUCUUUGUGUGCAAGAAUCAACACUUUCUAGUACAAAUAUCAACCAAGGAGACAAUGAAGAUAUGUGUUUGAAAAGAGAAAUUCUGGAUGACAUUAUUACUACAUGUCAGAAUGGAAAUGACAAUAAAGCAUUGAUCAGUUUACUUGGCAAUGUUUUGACCAAAUCGUCUUCAUUAUGUGCUAGUUUUUCAUCGAAUGAAAAUAUGGUUGAUUUGGAAGCCGUGCGAGAGAUGUAUGACAGGUUGUACACGCUCAAUGAUGAUGUCGUUGAAAAUACAAUAGUGAACUGUCUUGAGACAUUAUCAACAGAUCUUAUCGUCCAGAUUAAACGCAAAUCCAACAAAUUCGUAGAUUAUCGACUGUUCCUUAUCAUGUUUGAGAAUCCAUAUAUGAACCAACCGGAAUACAUGAACCACGCUCUACCAAGAUUUUGUCAGGCUUUAUCUUCUAUUCCAAUCGCUACCGCUGUUUUGUUAAUCAAACAUUGGUCUAAACAAUCGAGGGAAUUGUUAAAGACGAAAGUGGAAACUCUUCAACAGCUUAUAACACUUCGCGUCAUUAUGGGCCCCUCGGCUGACUCGAGUUCAAAGUGUGUGAACGAUGAUGAUGCUAUUGUUACUGGCGAAGUGUUUAAAAUUUUGUUUUAUGCAUCUCUCUAUGGAGGUGAACACCAGACGUCAUCUAUGAUAAAUCAUAUUCCGAUUUCUAGUCGGGGUGAAGAUUAUCGUGAUCCUUUUGAAGAAACACUGAAAAUCAAUGCAGUGGACUGUCGGAAACCUCUGCUACCUCUGGACGAGUUUAUUAAUGAACCAUUAAACGAUGCUAUAGUCGUCGAUCGUGACUUCACAUAUUAUAAAACCAGGGAAGGUUUCUCAUUCAAGGAGUGUAACUUCAUUUUGACGACAUCCACGAAAAGCACGUGGAUGUUUUAUGACAAUCGCGUGAACAUGUUGCAGGAAAGACGUUGGACGCACUUUUAUAGCUUGUUACGGGGGGAGCCUGCAGCGCCGUACCUUAAGUUGACCGUGCAUAGAGAUAACCUCAUACAAGAUGCUCUUGUCAAUCUCGAAAUGAUCUAUCAAGAAAAUCCUCUUGAUCUGAAAAAACAAUUAUUUGUUGAGUUUGCUGGGGAACAAGGUCUCGACGAAGGAGGAGUGUCAAAAGAGUUCUUUCAGUUGGUUGUUGAACAAAUUUUCAAUCCAGAUUAUGGGAUGUUCACAUACGAUCCAGAUACCCGACAAUUCUGGUUCAAUCAAACAUCGUUCGAAAGUCAUGCGCAGUUCAUGUUGAUCGGCCUAAUAUUGGGAUUGGCCAUUUAUAACAAUAUCAUUCUGGACGUACACUUUCCUAUGGUUGUUUAUCGGAAACUCUUUGCCAGACACGGAAGCCUGCUCGACCUUAAAGACUCUCAUCCGGUAAUUGCAAAUAGCCUACAAAGUAUCCUCGAUUUCGAUGGAGACGUGGAAAGCGCGUUCCUUUGUUCGUUUGAGAUCAGUUAUAGUGACGUGUUUGGCAACCAUCUGAAGCACGAGCUGAUAGAAAACGGCAAAGACGUCAUGGUGACAAAUGAAAACCGCGAGAAAUACGUUGAGCGUUAUGUUGAUUAUAUUCUCAAUGAAUCUAUUGAGGAACAGUUUCAACCGUUCAAGCAAGGUUUUGAUAUGGUCACCAAAGACUCGCCUUUGAGGCGAUUAUUUCGACCUGAGGAAUUGGAACUUCUUGUUUGCGGUAGUAAGGAUUUUGAUUUCGAAGCUUUAGAAAGAACAACCGAAUAUGAAGGAGGUUAUGAAGCAACAUCACCCAUCGUAAGAUGGUUCUGGGAGGUUGUUCAUCAGUUCACGCUUGAUCAAAAGAAGCAACUACUCAUGUUCAUUACCGGGAGUGAUCGAGUUCCUAUUGGUGGAUUAGCUCAACUCAAACUUAUAAUUGCUAGACAGGGUCCUAAUUCGAACAGCCUGCCAACUGCUCACACGUGUUUCAAUGUAUUACUGUUGCCAGAGUACUCCAUGAAAAGUCAGUUGGAAGAACGUCUUGUCAAAGCAAUAACGUAUAGCAAAGGUUUCGGUCUCAUAUAAACCUAAAUGUGCAGUCUUGUACCUGCGUUAUUGUAUUUUGAUAAUUUUUUGACAAAUAAAUAUCCUGUCCUCACUGUUUAAGUGUAUUAAUAUGAA